GCUGAUUGCAAUAUGCGUCAUGAAUUCGUAUGCCCCGAAUUUGCUCGCAAGGGCAAAUGCGAGCUGUCCAAUUGCAACUAUUGCAAACAGAUGAAGCAACAAAAGUUGACGACCGUCAAGAGCAAAGCGAUAGUUAAACCUAAACCUAAGGCAACCGUCCAAAAGAAACCAGUUGCUAAAGAAAUUCAUAUAGAUGAGACGCCCAGCAGUUCACGGUACUUUAAAUGUGAUAGUGAUAAGUAUGAGGUGCUACCCGAGGAACAGCAGCAGCAGCCAAAUGAUUUGGAUGAUGGUGAUGAUGAGGAGACAACAUCAGGUGCCCUCGGUGGUCCACGGCAGCGAAUUAAGCUGGGAACGUUGCCGGCAUUUAUACCACUUGGUGACAGCGAGGAGCAAACCAAAUGA